AUGAAACAACGGUCACUUGGCAACCACGAGUUCGACGAAGCAGUUGAUGGAGUAGUUCCAUUCAUUAGAAACUUGAGCGCCCCUGUUGUGGCCGCUAAUCUCAUUCUAGACAAAGUACCUGAACUAAAGGAUUUAAAAAACUUAUACAAAUCCGUCGUAAUAGUCAAAGAUCACGUUAAAAUUGGAAUCAUAGGUUAUCUCACGCCACAGACCAAAGACUUAGCCCCCAAAAAUGAUGUUGAAUAUGAAGAUGAGAUUCCAGCCAUACGAAGAGAAGUAAAAAAACUGAAACAACAAAACGUUAACAUUCUAAUAGCCUUAGGUCAUUCCGGAUUUAUAACGGACUUAGAUAUAGCGAGAGAAGUAGAAGACAUUGACUUAGUAAUCGGAGGUCAUUCAAAUACAUUCCUUUGGAACGCCGCUAGUACCUCGGAAACACCUGAAGUCCCUGAGGGACCCUACCCUACUGAAGUGAAGCAAGCAGAUGGUAGAAUUGUUAGAGUUGUACAAGCUUACGCUUAUACUAAAUAUUUGGGUAAACUGCAUUUACUGUUCGACUCAGCUGGCGAAAUUAUAAAAUGCGAAGGUACCCCUUUACUGUUGAAUCAGGAAGUACCAAGAGAUCCUGAACUUUUAACAACAGUUAAUAAAUACCGUAAAGACAUGGAUCGCAUAAACAAUGAGCCUGUCGGCACUUCGUUAGUUUCGCUGAAUGGGACUGGCUGCCGGUUAAGAGAAUGCAAUUUAGGCGACUUAAUCGCUGAUGCUAUGCUAAACUAUACGAGGGAAGAACAUCACAAAGAGUACCCCGACGUGAAUAUAGCAAUAGUGCAGGGAGGCCGGAUACGAACAUCAAUAUUUCAUGAGGGCACGCCCUUCACCGUCACUAGAGGCGACUGGAUAAGCGUAUUACCAUUUUCAGACACAUUGGUUAUCGUUACAAUGAAUGGGAUAACACUCAAGCAGAGUCUCGAACAUUCUGUGUCAACAUGGCGGACUAUAGACAGUACGGGACAAUUUCAACAGUUUUCCGGAAUGGAGGUGGCUUAUGACUUAGAAAAGCCAGUAGGCUCCCGUGUCGUCAAAGCGAGAGCAGUAUGUUCAAAAUGUGGAUUUUAUGAGUUGCAGGAUGUAAAAGAUGACUAUGAGUACCAAAUGAUGAUGCCAACUUUUCUAGCCGACGGUGGGGACGGAUACAAAUAUAAAGACAUAGACUAA